AUGUUCAAGUGCUAUGUAGUAGAUGAGAAGUCUCAAACCAUAUUUGAUGCAAAAGUUCCUACGGACUUCCAACUUGGUCAACAUACACUAUACAUCUAUAAAAACCAGAAGAAGAGUCAGAUUACUCGAGAGAUAGUGGAUAGCGAAAAGAAAGCGUUCGAGGAAGAAAUGCAGUUGCAACAACGAGGAAGGCCCGUCAUAAGAGACGAUUAUUAUGAAAAGAGGGAAAGCAGUGAAGAAAGACCAAUCAGAUCAACUACUCCGAAGGCGGUCGAACAUCCAGAAACACAAGAUAAUGACGAUGACAUUGAUUAUUGGUGCUAUUACUGUGCUUCACCGCUGAAGAAUGUGCCCAGUGAUAUGAGGAAAACUAUUCAGCAAUUUUUGAAGGUACGAAGGACUACUUAUCCAUAUGAUGUAGCCACUAAAUUGUGCAAUAACGCAAGAAAUGCCAGCUCCUGGGCCAAACAAAAAUGCCGUCAUCCCUACUGUGAAACACUCUCGAUUGUGGACCAUAAUGAAGGUGCAGCAUUUGUGUUACGAGGAUGUGCUGAGAAUUUUGGAGCCAUUGAUACGAAGACGCUGGAGCAGCAAGAAGGCAACCAAUGUACAAACCAUUCAAAAAUUAAAAUGCUGAUUUUUUGCAGACUUCACGAUCUUCUCGACAUACAGGAAUGCAUAUGUAAAACGCCUCGUUACUGCUACGCUGGUCAGUCUCGACGGCGAUCCGUCGCAUGGUCUCCCAAUCCAGCCGCCAUCGUUUUUACGCUAAUCAGCCUACUUGCUUUAUUUCUAAUAAUUUCCGAUUUUUGA